GGGGCGCUCGAGCCACGUCGGUGAAACAAAUCAACGCUUGAAGGCAGAUUACAGAGAGGGUCCCUGCUGCUCAUCCAGGAGCAGGAGAUCCAGGCCGAUGUCGACUCCAGAUCCCCCCAUGGGAGGCACUCCUCGCCCAGGUCCUUCCCCUGGUCCGGGUCCCUCCCCUGGUGCCAUGCUGGGACCCAGCCCCGGGCCCUCCCCAGGCUCCUCUCACAGUAUGAUGGGCCCCAGCCCUGGCCCUCCCUCCUCUGGACACUCCCAGCCAGGGCCCUCUGGAUACGGCCAGGACAACAUGCACCCUCUGCACAAACCCAUGGAGAGCAUGCAUGAGAAGAGUAUGAGUGAGGACAGCCGCUUCAGUCAGAUGAAGGGACUGUCUAUGAGACCGGGCGGGCACAGUGGGAUGGGCCCACCACCGAGUCCUCUUGACCAACACUCGCAGGGUUACCACUCUCCAUUAGGUGGCUCUGACCACUCAAGCCCUGUCCCUUCAAAUGGUCCUCCCUCCGGACCUCUUAUGCCAUCAUCCUCUUCUUCUUCCUCGUCUGGUGGUCCCGGCUCUGCUUCUGCACCUUUAGAUGGCCCCAGCGUAGAUCAACACACUCUGGGUCCCAAUAACCGGUCUGGCCCUCCAGGUAGCUCUGGCCCAGGCCCCAGCCCCGGGCCCAGUCUUGGCUCCAGUGUCACCAGCCUCGGAACAGGCCUUGAAUCUGGAGGCCCUACAGGUCCCGUUGGUCCGGGUGGCCCUACCCCCUUCAACCAGAACCAACUUCACCAACUCAGAGCCCAGAUCAUGGCUUAUAAGAUGCUGGCCCGGGGGCAGCCCCUGCCAGACCACCUCCAGAUGGCUGUGCAGGGGAAGAGGCCGAUGCCUGGGAUGCAGCAACCGCAGCCCAUGCCCAGCCUGGUUCCUGGAGCCGGAGGCGGGCCAGGAGGUGGACCAGCAGGACCAGGGCCCGGGCCAAUGGGCACAGGCUACAGCCGAGCUCACGGAAUGAUGGGUCCCAACAUGCCUCCUCCGGGCCCAUCGGGGAUUCCAGCUGGAAUGCAGGGACAAAACCCAAAUGGACCUCCCAAGUCCUGGUCGGAAGGCCCCAUGGUGAAUGCAGCAGCCCCCUCCAAUGCACCCCAAAAGCUGAUUCCCCCUCAGCCCACUGGCCGGCCCUCUCCUGCCCCUCCUUCUGUUCCCCCCGCUGCCUCCCCAGUAAUGCCUCCACAGACCCAGUCCCCCGGCCAGCCGGCACAGCCUACUCCCAUGAUGCCUUACCACGCCAAGCAGAACCGCAUUACCCCCAUUCAGAAACCCUGCGGCCUCGACCCAGUGGAGAUACUACAGGAGCGAGAGUACAGGUUACAGGCCCGUAUCACUCAUCGUAUUGCUGAACUGGAGAACCUGCCGGGUUCUCUGGCUGGUGAUUUACGUACCAAAGCUACUAUAGAGCUCAAAGCCCUCCGGCUUCUUAACUUCCAGAGACAGCUGCGUCAAGAGGUGGUGGUGUGCAUGCGUCGUGACACAGCUCUGGAGACCGCCCUUGACGCCAAGGCCUACAAGCGAAGCAAACGUCAGUCUCUGCGAGAGGCCCGCAUCACAGAGAAACUGGAGAAACAGCAGAAGAUCGAGCAGGAGCGCAAACGCAGGCAGAAACAUCAGGAGUACCUCAACAGCAUCCUGCAGCACGCCAAAGACUUCAAAGAGUACCACCGUUCCAUCACAGGCAAAAUGCAGAAACUGACCAAGGCUGUGGCCACCUACCAUGCCAACACUGAACGGGAGCAGAAGAAAGAGAAUGAGCGUAUUGAGAAAGAGAGGAUGAGGAGGCUUAUGGCUGAGGAUGAGGAAGGCUAUCGUAAACUGAUCGACCAGAAGAAGGAUAAGCGUCUGGCCUACCUGCUGCAGCAAACUGACGAGUAUGUCGCCAACCUCACUGAGCUGGUCAGAGCUCAUAAAGCUGCACAGGCCCUCAAGGAGAAAAAGAAGAAGAAGAAGAAAAAGAAGAAGUUGGAGAUUGCUGAGGGUCAGGCUCCUGCCUUAGGUCCUGAUGGAGAGCCUUUGGAUGAGACGAGUCAGAUGAGUGACCUGCCUGUGAAGGUCAUCCAUGUAGACAGUGGGAACAUCCUGACAGGACUGGACGCCCCUAAAGCUGGACAGCUGGAGACCUGGCUGGAGAUGAACCCUGGUUAUGAGGUGGCGCCCCGCUCAGACAGUGAAGACAGCGAGGAGGAGGAAGAAGAGGAGGAGGAAGAGGAGGAGCCUCAGCCAUCCUCUGCUCUGGUGGAGGAUAAGAAGAAGAUUACAGAUCCUGACAGUGAAGACGUGUCAGAGGUGGAUGUCCGACACAUUAUCGAAAAUGCUAAACAGGAUGUGGACGACGAAUAUAGCGGUGCAGCAUUUGCCCGUGGGCUCCAGUCUUAUUAUUCUGUGGCUCACGCUGUCACAGAGAAGGUGGAGAAACAGUCCAGUUUGUUAAUAAAUGGACAACUCAAACAGUAUCAGAUUAAAGGUCUGGAGUGGCUGGUUUCCCUCUACAACAAUAACCUCAAUGGGAUCCUGGCGGAUGAGAUGGGUCUGGGAAAAACCAUCCAAACUAUCGCCCUCAUCACGUACCUCAUGGAAAACAAACGGCUCAAUGGACCCUACCUCAUCAUUGUACCCCUCUCAACUCUUUCUAACUGGGUGUAUGAGUUUGAUAAGUGGGCACCGACAGUCGUGAAAGUGUCCUACAAGGGAUCUCCUGCUGCCAGAAGAGCCUUCGUCCCCCAGCUGCGUAGUGGCAAGUUUAACGUUUUACUCACGACUUACGAGUACAUCAUCAAGGACAAACAAGUACUGGCCAAGAUUCGUUGGAAAUACAUGAUCGUGGAUGAGGGCCACCGUAUGAAGAACCACCACUGUAAGCUGACCCAGGUCCUGAACACCCACUACCUGGCCCCCCGGCGAGUCCUGCUGACGGGAACGCCGCUCCAGAACAAACUACCUGAGCUCUGGGCGUUGCUGAACUUCCUGCUGCCGACCAUAUUCAAGAGCUGCAGCACCUUUGAGCAGUGGUUCAACGCCCCUUUCGCCAUGACUGGAGAGAAGGUUGAUCUCAAUGAAGAGGAGACCAUCUUGAUUAUCCGUCGUCUCCACAAAGUGCUUCGCCCUUUCCUGUUACGCAGAUUAAAGAAGGAAGUGGAGGCACAGCUUCCAGAGAAGGUGGAAUACGUGAUCAAGUGUGACAUGUCGUCUCUUCAGAGGGUGCUGUACAGGCACAUGCAGGCCAAGGGGGUCCUACUCACUGACGGAUCAGAGAAAGACAAGAAGGGUAAAGGAGGCACAAAGACGCUGAUGAACACCAUCAUGCAGCUGAGGAAGAUCUGUAACCACCCUUACAUGUUUCAGCAAAUAGAGGAAUCCUUCUCUGAACAUUUAGGAUUCUCUGGUGGGAUAGUCCAGGGUCCUGACCUGUAUCGGGCAUCAGGCAAGUUUGAAGUGUUGGAUCGAAUCCUGCCAAAGCUGAGAGCCACAAACCACAAAGUGCUGCUCUUCUGUCAGAUGACCUCACUCAUGACCAUCAUGGAAGACUACUUUGCAUAUCGCAACUUCAAGUAUCUGCGUCUGGAUGGCACUACAAAGGCUGAGGAUAGAGGAAUGUUACUGAAGACUUUCAAUGACCCAGGAUCUGAGUACUUUAUCUUCCUCCUGAGCACAAGAGCCGGAGGCCUCGGCCUCAACUUGCAGUCUGCCGACACUGUGGUUAUUUUUGACUCUGACUGGAACCCACAUCAGGACCUGCAGGCUCAGGACCGAGCCCACCGUAUCGGUCAACAAAACGAGGUGCGUGUGCUGCGUCUCUGCACUGUCAACAGUGUGGAGGAAAAAAUCUUGGCCGCUGCCAAGUACAAACUGAACGUGGACCAGAAGGUCAUCCAGGCCGGCAUGUUCGAUCAGAAGUCUUCCAGCCAUGAGCGCAGGGCCUUCCUGCAGGCCAUCCUGGAACACGAGGAGCAAGACGAGGAGGAGGAUGAGGUGCCAGACGACGAGACGGUCAACCAGAUGAUUGCCAGGAGUGAGGAGGAGUUCGACCAGUUUAUGCGUAUGGACCUGGACCGGCGUCGCGAGGAGGCCCGUAACCCGCGGCGAAAACCUCGUCUAAUGGAGGAGGAUGAGCUGCCCACUUGGAUCAUGAAGGAUGAUGCUGAGGUUGAACGGCUGACCUGCGAGGAGGAGGAGGAGAAAAUGUUUGGAAGAGGUUCUCGGCAGCGAAAGGAGGUGGACUACAGCGAUUCGCUGACCGAGAAGCAGUGGCUCAAGGCUAUCGAGGAGGGGACACUGGAGGAGGUGGAGGAAGAGGUACGACACAAAAAGACGACCCGCAAGAGGAAGCGUGACCGCGACCUGGAUCUCCCUGGUCCCUCCUCUUCCUCGGGGGGACGAGGACGAGGCGACAAAGAUGAAGAUGGGAAGAGGCAGAGGAAGAGGGGGCGACCGCCUGCUGAAAAACUCUCCCCCAACCCCCCAGCCCUCACAAAGAAGAUGAAGAAGAUCGUGGACGCUGUCAUCAAGUAUAAAGACAGCACCAGCGGACGGCAGCUGAGCGAGGUGUUCAUCCAGCUGCCGUCUCGAAAAGAGCUGCCAGAGUACUAUGAACUGAUCCGCAAGCCUGUGGACUUCAGGAAGAUCAAGGAGAGGAUUCGAGGUCAUCGCUACCGCAGUCUGGGUGACCUGGAGAGAGACGUCAUGCUGCUCUUCCAAAACGCUCAGACCUUCAACCUGGAAGGAUCACUGAUAUAUGAAGACUCCAUCGUCCUCCAGUCAGUGUUUACCAGUUUGAGGCAAAAGAUCGAGAAGGAGGAGGAAAGCGAGGGAGAGGAGAGUGAAGAAGAGGAAGAGGAACUGGAGGAAGGAUCAGAGUGCGAAUCUCGCUCGGUGAAAGUGAAGAUCCGUCUGGGGAGGAAGGAUAAAGGUGGAGAUCGAGGGAAGGGACGCAGUAGGCGAACAGGACGCACCAGAGCCAAACCUGUUGUUAGUGAUGACGACUCUGAGGAUGAGCAGGAAGAGGAGCACUCCCCCAGUGCCACUGAUGAGGAGACCUGAACUGUACUGUAAUAUGGGAGAGAAAGGGACAUAAAGGGAUAUUCUACGAAACUCAAACACCACAUAUACAGUAAAUAAAACGUGCAAUCAUCAGUGAAAUAUCAUUGGACUAUAAAAGAAGGGGGGUUUGCAAUACUGGAAAUACAGGAACAGAUACAUACUAUUAUUGAAUUACUUACAUAGAAAUCACAUGGAAACAGUGCACAUGCAAUAUCAUAAAAUAUACACGAUCAGCUAUAACAUUAUGGCCACCUGCCUUAUAUUGUGUAGGUCCCCCUUUUGCCACCAAAACAGCCCUGAUCCGUUGAUGCAUGGACUCCACUAGACCUCUGAAGGUGUGCUGUGGUAUCUGGCACUAAGACAUUAGCAGCAAAUCUUUAAAGUCCUAUAAGUUGCAAGGUGGGGCUUCCAUGGAUUGGACCUGUUUGUCCAGCACAUCCCACAGAUGCUUAGACUGAGAUCUGGGGAAUUUGGAGACCAAGUCAACACAAGUGAACUCAAUGUUGUAUUCUUCAAACCAUUCCUGAACCAUUUUUGUUUUGUGGAAGGGCGCAUUAUCCUGCUGAAAGAGGCCACUGCAUUUAGGGAAUACUGUUUCCAUGAAAGGGUGUACAUGGUACUUGUCAUACGCAGCAAACUGUGAUGCUCUGUGUGUUCUGACACCUUUCUAUCAGAACAAUCAUGAACUUUAUCAGCAAUUUCAGCUACAGUAGCUCGUCUGUUUGAUCAGACCAAACAGGCCAGCCUUCGCUCCGCACGUGCAUCAACGAGCCUGUCAUGGCUUUUCCUUCCUUGGACUACUUUUAAUAGGUACUGACCGCUGCAGACCGGGAACACCUCACAAGAGCUGCAGUUUUGGAGAUGCUCUGACCCAGUCGUCUAGCCAUGACAGUUUGGCUCUUGUCAAAGCUGCUGAAAUCCUUACGCUUGCCCCUUUUUCCUGCUUCUAACACAUCAACUUUGCUGCCUAAUAUAUCAAAUGUAUAUUAUACACUGCUCAAAAAAAUAAAGGGAACACUUAAACAACACAA